AGAUUAUUGUUAUUUUUAAUGAAAAAUUAUGAAUUACAUCCUCAUCCUCUUCCCUUGAAUAUAAGAUAUGACAGUAUUUUGAAGAUGGUUGAUAUAAUAUCCAAGGGUUUCUACAAGAGUGUGUCAUUGUAAACUAGAGAGAGAGAAAGGAUACAGAUAUUGGUAGUCUUAAGAGAAUUGUAAAGAGUCAGAAUUAGAAUCAGUUGUAAAAUCAACAUGGCCAGAGAACCUAUUUAUAUCAAUGUUUAUGACAUGUAUUGGAUCAAUGAAUAUACAGCACCAAUAGGACUAGGUGUAUUCCAUUCUGGUGUGGAAGUUUAUGGAAUAGAAUAUGCUUAUGGUGGACAUCCGUUUCCAUUCUCUGGUUUAUUUGAAAUAGCACCAAAAGACACAGAAGACCUUGGUGAUCAGUUUAAAUUCAAGGAAUCGAUAUUAAUUGGUUAUACAGAUUUUGCACAGGAAGAUAUAAAGAAUUAUGUUGAACAGCUGGGGAAGGAAUACCGUGGUGAUCAUUAUCAUUUACUAAACAAAAAUUGUAAUCAUUUUUCUGAUGCAUUAGUUCAGUUUAUGUGUGGUAAAGAACUACCAAGCUGGGUUAACAGAUUAGCAUAUAUGAGUUCCUGUAUUCCAUUUAUAGAAAAAGCUAUUCCUAAAGAAUGGCUUACACCAAAUGCUCUCAAGGCAGCUAUGCCCUCGCCAACCGAAGAAUCUGCACCCCAAGCAAGAAGCAGUAAGAGAUGACAGGCUUUAUGAAUUGUUAUUCCUUGUUGGUUUUUUUUUUUGGAAG